UGUUGAUGGCCACAGGAGGGAGCUCAAAUCCAGACAUGGGAGGAUUGGCUUGAUUUCGGAUCCAGAGCCACUUAAACUCUCGCUUUUCCUCUAAGCUGGUCCCUGUUAUGUCCAGGAUCUGGCACCUGCUUGACAUUUACUUUGAGUUCCAGAGGACCAGAGACCUAGGAUGAGGAGCAUUGGAUCUGCCCUGAACCUGCUUUUGGUAUCACCACUCUACUUUGUGUGGACCGUGGUCGCUCUGGACCUGGCACAAACUCCCUGCACCACUUUGGUCCAGGGGAAAUUCUUUGGAUAUUUCUCCUCCUUUGCCGUCUUCCCAUUGAACUCCUCACUCUGCUCUUGGAUUAUCCAGAACCCUGACCCUCGGAGAUACACCUUGUACAUGAAGAUCCUCAAACCUACCGGCAUAUGUGACCACCAGCACAUCCGCACCUACCAAUUUGACUCCUUCCUGGAAUCCACCCGCACCUACCUGGGCAUGGAGAGCUUUGACGAUGUGUUGAAGCUCUGUGAUGGGUCCACCCGCUAUGCUUUUCUCCAGUCUAACAAACAGUUCCUCCAGAUGAAGCAGACUGCACCUCCAGGGGUAGAGAACGGACCGGUGCGGUGGAAACCCAUCAAGGCCCAGGAGAGAGACUUCUCGGUGGAAUACCUUGUGGUGGGCAACAGGAACCCUAGCAAAGCUGCUUGCCAGAUGCUCUGCAAGUGGCUGGAUGCGUGCUUGGCCAUCAGCAGCAGCUCCCACCCAUGUGGCAUUAUGCAGACUCCGUGCUCUUGCUCAGGAGGAGAGGUCCUAGAUCAAGCCAGCGAGAUCCUGGGGUUCCCGAAGAAGAAGGAAGAUUGUUAUAAGGAUGGAAUUUACUUGGAGAACUGCCUGAGCAGCCCCAAGGACAGCAGUGGAGGAUUUUCUGGAUUUUGCCCAGGUGGUUGGAACACAUGGUCGGCUUGGGGUGACUGCACCAAGGACUGCGGGGGAGGCCUGCAGACCCGCAUGCGUACCUGCAAGCCCCUUCCCAAUGAAGGCCUGGCCUGCGAGGGAGUCCUGGAGGAAGGACGGCUGUGCAAUAGGAAGGCAUGCAAUACCAAUGGACGCUAUAAUUCCAGAAGCCAAUCGCUGAGGUCCACAGAUAACAGAAAGCGAGAGGACACUGAUGAACUGCAGCACUACGGGUACCCUGCACCUCAAAUAGGUGACCCUGCAGCAGAGGAGUGGUCCCCGUGGAGUGUGUGUUCGACUACCUGCGGGGAGGGCUGGCAGACCAGGACCAGGUUCUGUGUGUCGUCUUCCUACAGCACUCAGUGCAGCGGCCCUCUCCGGGAACAGAGACAGUGCAACAACUCUGCCAUAUGCCCAGUGCAUGGCACCUGGGAUGAGUGGUCUCCAUGGAGCCUCUGCUCUUCCACGUGUGGGAGAGGAUAUAGGGAUCGGACCCGCACAUGCAAGCCCCCACAGUUUGGUGGGAACCCUUGUGAGGGCCCAGAGAAGCAAACGAAGUUCUGCAACAUUGCACUUUGCCCAGUGGACGGCAACUGGAAUGAGUGGUCGAGCUGGAGCUCCUGCUCCGCUUCCUGCUCCAACGGCACCCAGCAACGGACGAGGGAAUGCAAUGGACCUUCCUAUGGGGGAGCUGAAUGCCAGGGACAUUGGGUAGAGACCCGGGACUGCUUCCUACGUCAAUGCCCAGUUGAUGGGAAGUGGCAAGCCUGGGGAGUGUGGGGGAGCUGCACCACCACGUGUGGAGGUGGGACUCAGAGACGUGACCGCGUGUGCUACGGGCCCUUCUUUGGUGGAGAGACCUGCCAGGGUCCCAAAGAAGAGUACAGGCAGUGCAACGACAGGAAGUGUCCUGAGCCCCAUGAGAUCUGUGAUGAGGAAAGUCUUGCCUCUGUGGUUUGGAAAGAGACGCCUGCUGGGGAUGCUGCAGCUGUUCGGUGUCCUCGCAAUGCCACUGGGCUAAUCCUUCGAAGAUGCACUUUAGAUGAAGAAGGAAUAGCUUAUUGGGAACCUCCAACAUACGUCAAAUGUGUUUCUAUUGAUUACAGGAACAUACAGAUGAUGACCAGGGAGCAUCUUUCCAAAGCUCAGCGUGGGUUGAUGGGAGAUGGGCUGUCAGAAGUGCUCCAGAACCUUGUGGAAAUCUCCCAGGAUGGGACCAGCUACAGUGGAGACUUGCUGUCCACCAUUGAUGUACUCAGGAACAUGACAGAGAUCUUCCGUAGGGCUUAUCACAGCCCAACUUCUGGAGAUGUGCAGAACUUUGUCCAGAUAAUCAGCAACAUUUUAUCGGAGGAAAACCGGGACAAGUGGGAGGAAGCUCAGCUGAUAGGGCCUAAUGCCAAGGAGUUGUUCAGGCUUGUGGAGGAUUUCAUUGAUGUCAUCGGCUUUCGCAUGAAAGAUUUCCGGGAUUCCUACCAAGUGACGGACAAUCUGGUCCUCGGCAUUCACAAACUGCCCGCUAACGCAGCAACUGACAUUACCUUCCCCAUGAAAGGCUGGAGAGGCAUGGUGGACUGGGCCAAGAAUUCAGAAGACAAGGUCACUGUCUCCAAGAGCAUCCUGUCUUCGGGGCUGGCAGAGAUGGACGACUCUUCUGUCUUCGUGGUAGGGACUGUGCUGUACCGGAACGUGGGCAACAUCCUCUCGCUCCAGAGGAACAGCACUGUUCUGAACUCCAGAGUCAUCUCUGUGACUGUGAAGCCAUUUCCCCGGUCUCUCCUCACCCCCUUGGAAAUUGAAUUCUCCCACCUGUACAACGGAACCACCAACCAGACCUGCAUCCUAUGGGAUGAAACUGAUGGCAGAGCCUCCGCCUCCGCCUCCCUGCCCGGCGCCUGGUCCUGGCGCGGCUGCCGAACGGUCCCGCUCGACGCCUCCCGGACUAAAUGCCUCUGUGACAAGCUCUCCGCCUUCGCCAUCUUAGCCCAGCUCAGCCCCGACAUGAACAUGGAAAAGGUGCUGGUCCCUUCUGUCACGUUAAUUGUAGGCUGUGGAGUAUCUUCGCUGACACUUUUGCUGUUGAUUAUCAUUUAUGUCUCUGUUUGGAGGUAUAUCCGCUCAGAGCGCUCGGUCAUUCUUAUCAACUUCUGCCUGUCCAUCAUCUCCUCCAACGCUCUCAUCCUGAUCGGACAGACCCAGACCCGGAAUAAGGUGAUAUGCACGCUGGUGGCGGCUUUCUUGCACUUCUUCUUCCUCUCCUCUUUCUGCUGGGUGCUGACCGAGGCCUGGCAGUCCUACAUGGCCGUGACGGGUCGGUUACGGAACCGCAUCAUCCGCAAGCGCUUCUUGUGUCUUGGAUGGGGGCUCCCCGCCUUGGUGGUUGCCAUUUCUGUGGGAUUUACUAAAGCCAAGGGGUAUGGCACCGUGAACUACUGCUGGCUGUCAUUAGAGGGAGGUCUUCUCUACGCCUUCGUGGGACCAGCCGCUGCUGUUGUUUUGGUGAACAUGGUUAUUGGCAUUCUGGUUUUUAACAAACUUGUAUCCAAAGAUGGAAUAACAGAUAAGAAACUGAAGGAACGGGCAGGGGCAUCCCUUUGGAGCUCCUGCGUGGUCCUGCCCCUCCUGGCUCUCACCUGGAUGUCUGCGGUUCUGGCAAUCACAGAUCGGCGGUCAGCACUCUUCCAGAUCCUUUUUGCUGUCUUUGACUCAUUGGAAGGCUUUGUCAUUGUGAUGGUCCAUUGUAUCCUUAGGAGGGAGGUCCAGGAUGCUGUGAAGUGCCGAGUAGUAGACCGCCAGGAAGAGGGCAAUGGAGACUCUGGGGGGUCAUUUCAGAACGGACAUGCUCAACUAAUGACCGAUUUUGAGAAGGAUGUGGAUAUGGCUUGUAGAUCAGUGCUGAAUAAAGACAUCACAGCCUGCAGGACCUCAACCAUCACAGGAACACUGAAGCGCCCAUCACUACAGGAUGAAGAGAAAUUGAAACUCAAUCAUCAGAAGGGGUCAUCAAACUUUAACAGUCUUCCAGCCAAUGUGUCCAAGUUGCAUCUUCAGGGCUCCCCGCACUAUCUGGGGGCCAUCAACCUGAAUGAGUUCAGCAAUCACAGUCUUACUCUGAAGAAGGACAAGAAUCAACCACCCAAGUCUAUCUACAUCUGUGAUGGGGACAUCUUCAAGAAGUUGGACUCAGAACUCUCCCGGGCGCAAGAACAAACACUGGACACCAGCUAUGUCAUUCUGCCUACCAACACGUCUACCUUACGGGCCAAACCACCCAAGGAUGAGAGCAAAUACAGCAUCAAUAUAGACCAGAUGCCCCAGACACGGCUGAUCCACCUCAGUAUGGCUACUGACCCAGGUUUUGUCGUCAAAAGUCCUCCACGGGAACCUGUGACCAUGACUUGCAGUGAGGUGCAAGGUUCUCCCAUGAUACAGCAGCAGCAGCAGCUGCCUCCACAGAAUAUCCCCAGUGAGUCACAGAUUCCCAACAGCCUGUGUGACACAGGUGACUCAGGGAACUCAGGUGUGGUGUCCAAGAGUGAGACCGUCUCCACUCUCUCCAUGAGCUCCUUGGAGAGACGGAAAUCACGGUACGCAGAACUAGAUUUUGAGAAAAUCAUGCACACAAGAAAACGUCACCAAGACAUGUUCCAAGACCUGAAUAGAAAACUUCAGCACGCAGAGAAGGAGAAGGAGUCUCCAACAACAGACAGCAAGCAAGAAAAACAGCAGACACCAAACAAGAGACCCUGGGAAGGAAUCAGGAAAGUCCAGUCCCCACCGUCAUGGGUUAAAAAGGACAUCGAACCUGUGGCACAAUCUCCCCUAGAACUAAAAACUGUAGAGUGGGAGAAAACAGGGGCCACCAUCCCUCUGGUGGGACAAGACAUUAUUGACCUUCAGACGGAGGUCUGAGCGGAAAGGGAAGAAAGGGACUUUUUUUUCCAGAAAACAAAUGAAACAAACAAACAAAACCACGUUUUAAAGAAAUGAUUAAAUUAAAUCGGAACCGAGCAAGAGAAGUGUUUGGUUUCUUUUGAAACCUUUGGUAAGACGGAGUAACUUUUGUAUCGUUCUCAGCAGAGAGGGGAAAUAUUGCUUUAUAGAGUAUAGUAGAUGUAGGUUCAGGACAACACGAGCUUUGCCAGGUAGGACUGGAGAAGAAGUGAGCCUGGAAGAGAGCGAGGAGGAGGAGGCAGAGGGUGGGGAGGAGCUGCUGGGGAAGAUCCCUAUUGAGAUGUUUUGGGGAAGAGCCCUGUUGAGAUGCUUUGGGGCCACUGCCAUACGCCGGGACCCUUCCUGCUGUGCCACGGAGAGCUGCAGGACACCCAGAAGCCACCACCAAGAGCCAAGGAGAUGGAGGUUGUCUGGGGAGCACAGGAGGUGACGUCGGCAGGAGCCUCACCAGGAUGCGUUGUGGCUGUAGGUCCUGGAGGAGACACAACCUAUGGCAUCCCUUGCCGGUCCUCACUUCCCACCUCUCCCUCAUCAUCUCAACUGAGAAGGAAGGAGCUGGGAUGUGUCAAGUGGUAGCUGAGGAGAUGUCCCCACUUCAUGCUACCCCACAACCUGGUGUCUUGGCGUCUCUGCAGCAUGUCCCUAACGGGGCCAGGGGGGAAGUGGUGGUGAGAGUCACAUCACCUAUGGCUUAGGGGGAGAGGUAAGGUGGGGCUUUCUCCUCUCAGCCCUCCAUGGUGGAGCUCCUGUGCACCCAAAGGAAUGGGACAAGCACAGGAGAAAGGAACCACCUCCAAAAUCUGCUUGCCCCAUCUCCAGGGAGAGGGUUGAAGGUGUUAGAAAAACAGACCAACAAGAAGAAUGUAGGUCAUUUCAUUGACUGUUACAUAGAUAAACUCAGCACGGGCCAUGUGAAGGUCUGCUUGGCCUCAUCCUUUUUUUUUCUGUUUACUUUUCCUUGCUUUUGGACUCAGAUUUGUUCCAAGCUGCCCCUCCCUGGAAGGCAGAGAGAGAAAGAGGGAAAGACAGAUCCACCAAUGUACCUGGAGAUAUUUGGUAUACAGAGAUGUUGCCUUAGGACAUUGAGACAAACUGACAACAUGAAUAACGUCCACUUGGAAACAAACAAACAAAAAAAAUAAUCUAUUUUUUUCCUUCUUCUUUUCUUUUCUUCAAUAAAAAGAGAACUUGAAACCCGAGACCUUUCUUUUCUUUGGCUCUUGUCGUUUCGAAUGCCUUUCUCUGCCAUACGAAUACACAGGCAUGGGGUGAGGAUGCCACCUACUGAAGGUGGAAGGCAAGUUGCUCCGUGGAAAGUUGGGGAUGGUGGGAACACACAGCCCCAUCACCGCUCACUUUGCUUUGCUUUAUUCAUUUUCAGCUGUGGCUUUUUCCUUGCAUUGGCUCUUCUCCCUCCCCAGUGCCCAGAGCCAAUGGGCAGGUUUAUAGUCCUACAAGAACAAAAACGUGGAGCUGGUCAGCAGAGUGGGACAGUCCUCAUCAUAAAAUGCUGUCUUUUUAUUUCAACAUUAAAAAAAUAGCAUUUUUUUUCAUUAGACAUUUCUCAAGGCUAUUUGCAAAAAAAAAAAAAAAAUUCUCUACAUUUCACCCCCAAA